AGAAUGCUUAUUUGCUGCUUUGGGGGAAGCAAGGCAUAUAUUUAAGGGUUGGUUAUAGAUCAAUUAAAAGACAAAAGCCUUGGCAUUUAAAUAGGUACUUUUUUUCCUCGGGUAGUGCUGCUGAUACUGGUUUAUACCAUCUGUUUUCUUUUUGCAUCCUGCUUCUUCAGUUUAGAGAGACAGCUCAAGCUUUUGAAAGAGUACUGAGCCAUUCACAUUUUCCCUGCAUGAUCAUGAAUUUGAGUAAACUGUAGGAAUGCUUCUGUGCUUCCAUCCAUGUCUUAAUAACGAAUGAACUGCAUUUGGGAAGAGCCUGGGUAUCCAGGCUAUCGGUAGUGCUGUAGCUGGCUCACGUAUAUGGCUUUUACUUGGGAGGUCAGAAGAGCUGUUUAUAGGGCUGUCUGCUGGUGAGGGGACAACAGCGGUGGAUCUGCCCAUCAAAGUGAAUGGCAAUUCUAGCAGGAGCUCCCCUCAGCUUUGUAAAUGUGAUAGGCUUUGAUAGACAAGCAAUGCCAGCAUAUAAUGUGCGUGCGUCUUUGGAGCUUGGUAGUAGACUAAGGGAUGCUUUCACUUGCUGCUGAACCUGACUGUAACUGUGUUGCCAUAGGACACUUAUCAUGGGGUCUACUGCAGCGGAAAUCGAGGAGCUGGAAAACACCUCUUUUAAGUACCUUAUAGGAGAACAGACUGAAAAAAUGUGGCAACAGCUGAAAGGAAUACUAAGAUGUUUAGUAAAACAGCUGGAAAAAGGUGAUAUCAAUGUGGUAGACUUAAAGAAGAAUAUUGAAUAUGCAGCAUCUGUGCUGGAAGCCGUUUACAUUGAUGAAACAAGGAAAUUAUUAGACACUGAAGAUGAUCUCUCUGACAUCCAUAUUGAUUCAGUUCCAGCAGAAGUUAGGGAUUGGUUAGCUUCUACUUUCACAAGGAAAAUGGGAAUGAUAAAGAGGAAACCAGAAGAGAAGCCAAGAUUUCGUAGCAUUGUACAUGCUGUCCAAGCUGGAAUUUUUGUGGACAGGAUGUAUAGACGGACUUCCAGCAUGGCUGGCUUGAUUUAUCCACCAGCUGUCAUUGCAGCAUUAAAGAAUAUAGAUGAAUGGUCAUUUGAUGUAUUUGCCCUAAAUGAUGCAAGUGGAGAACACAGUCUAAAGUUUAUGAUGUAUGAAUUGUUCACCAGAUAUGACUUUUUCAACCGCUUCAAGAUUCCUGUGUCUUCUCUAAUUUCUUUAGCUGAAGCCUUAGAAGUUGGUUACAACAAGUACAAAAAUCCAUAUCAUAAUUUAAUUCAUGCAGCAGAUGUCACUCAAACUGUGCAUUAUAUUUUGCUUCGUACAGGUCUCAUGCACUGGCUCAAUGAACUGGAACUUUUAGCGAUGUUCUUUGCAGCAGCCAUUCAUGAUUAUGAGCAUACAGGGACCACCAACAACUUUCAUAUUCAGACCAGGUCAGAUACUGCCAUUUUAUAUAAUGAUCGUUCUGUCCUGGAAAAUCAUCACCUAAGUUCAGUGUAUAAGCUUAUGCAAGAUGAGGAAAUGAAUAUAUUGACAAACUUAUCUAAAGAUGACUGGAGGGAUCUCCGGAACCUGAUUAUUGAGAUGGUUUUAUCUACUGAUAUGUCAAAUCAUUUCCAGCAAAUUAAAAUAAUUAAGAAUGCUUUGCAGCAGCCAGAGGGAUUAGACAAAGCCAAAACCAUGUCCCUGGUUCUCCAUGCUGCGGACAUAAGCCAUCCAGCAAAACCGUGGGAACUGCACUACCGGUGGACAAUGGCCCUGAUGGAAGAAUUUUUUCGACAGGGAGACAAGGAAGCUGAGUUAGGCCUUCCCUUUUCUCCACUCUGUGACCGCAAAUCAACAGUGGUAGCCCAGUCACAAUUAGGUUUCAUUGAUUUCAUAGUAGAGCCAACAUUUUGUCUUCUCAUGACUGCAACAGAAAACAUUGUUAUUCCUCUUAUACAGGAAGCAAAAUCUGACAAUUCUUCCUGUUCCACAUCAAGCCCAACUAACAUUGGAUAUUUAAACAGUGGGGAAACUUUUAGAAAGACGAAUAUUAAAAGCAGAAUAAGUGAUAAGACUAAUUCCCCAGACAAUUCUCUUGCAACAGUGGACCUGAAGAACUUUAAGUGCAAAUUGUUGGAUAUCAUUGGAAGGAACAAAGAGAGGUGGAGAGAGUUAGCAAUCGAAGGUGAGGCCCAGCUCCAUAAGAAUUCAGAGGAGGUAAUAAAUACCACAGAAGAAAAAUGUGAUGUGAUUCACCACCAGUAGGUUUGAGACAUCUUAAAGGCCUCUGGAGUAUUAGAAAUGAGAGGAAAAACCUGAAAAUAGCCUGAAGAAUUUCCAUCAGUAUGUAGUUCCCUAUAUCAACCCUAGGCUAUGGCCUCAAAUAAUUGCUGUGGUGACAAAUUAUGGUGGUUGUCAUGGCUGCUGUUGUCUUCUUUGAACAUCAGAGCAACCGUGUGAGAGAGAUAAUAGAGAUACAAUUGUUCUUACUUUAACAAGACUCGGGAUUUAGAGCUAGAAGACUAUAGAGGAGAAUAUAGAAGACUAUAGAAGAAGAAUAUAGAGACUACAUAUUUUACCUCACUCUAAUUUUGUCAGUGAGAGAAUGACCUGGGAAAACCAGACCAACUUUUACAAGUUCCUAAGGUAGAAAAAAACAGUCAAAACCAGGAUUCAAAUCUUCUCUCUAAAUCCAGUGCUCUCUUAUUAAAUGAAAUUGUUGAAGUUUAUAUCAUAAUUUUUGUUCAUUUGGCCAUUUGUAAAGCUAAACCACUGAUGUCUUAUAUUAAAUCUGUUUGUAAAAAAUGAAUAUUGGCUUCACUGGAAAUGAGAGAUAUUUAUGGAAUGAUGAAAUUAUGAUUCCUGGUUUCUUUCAGGAAAAUCAGAAUGUUGCAUAAAUGUCCUAAAUCCUCAAAUGGCCAGGAGACUCGACUCUAAGCAUAUUCAUGAACCCUGCUCUUUUUAAUGGAUGAUAAUGGAAGAAAAUAAUGUUAAAAACAUGGAAUCCUGAGUUCAUAACUCAGACCAUUUCGAUUUUCUCAAGAUUUCAGUAGAGUUUUCUCAUUGUUGUUACUGUCAUAGUGUCAUCAUCAUUGUGUUUCUUCCACUGUUGGGCCAUCUUCAAUCAAGCUAGAAAAAACUCAACAACUUUUCAGUCAAUUAUUGGACCACUUUUAAAAUUUGCAUUAUUGAAAGCUGUUCUAACUUAGCUGACUGUGAAAUGUGUAUAAAUAUAUAAUGCAUUCAUUUAUUCAUUCAGCCAUUCUCUGAUGUACUGUUUUAUGAAAAGUGAUAUAGCGGGCAAUUUUCUUUUUUAAACCUGAUGGAAAAAAAUUAUUUCUGCAGUCUUGGACAGCAGACCAUCUAGAUCAUUCUUAAAACAUUUCUGUCAAUAUUUGGGAACAGAGUUGGAAAGCCCUAAAACUGAAACCGGACACUUAAGUGAGCAAUGAAUCUACAAUUAAAUUGGGGUUCCAAAGUAGAGGAGACCUCAUCAUGAUUAAGAACUUGUGAUAAAGUCAGUAGAACAUUUAUCUGAAACUAACUAAUCAGCUUGUAGAUCAUUAUCAUCAUCUGCAUUGUCAUCAUCAAAAUCUAAAGACUAUGUAGCAUUGUUUGCUGAUGUGCAACAUGAAUCCAGUCUCAGAGAAGAGUCUACAAUCUUUGCUAAUGGGAACCUUUGGAACUGAAUCAUGAACUUACCAGCUGGAGUAUUGGGUCCAGCAGAAAAAAGUAGAAAAAAAAUAUUGAACAUUAUUGGAGGUCAAAAUAAAAGAUUUAUGUAUGUAUGUAUGAUAAAAUGUAUAUUCAACAAAUGCUAGUUGAAAUGUACUAUGUGAAAUUCCAUAUAUUCUCUAAAUAAAUAUGUAUGUAUAUAAUAUACAUAUAUAUAAUAUAUAUUUCCCCUAAUGCAUUAAUAAGAGAAGAACUUCCAGCCUCAUUGUCUCUAAUUCAUCUCCCUCAGUUUGCUCCCAGUAGUGUAAGGCUGUGUGCAUGUACAAGAACUUCCAGGCUGCUCCGAGAUGAAGAAUACUUUUGCUGAGAACUGAUAAAAUGAUCAGCAUGAGUCAGAUGUUGUGAAUUUUAAUUGAGAGUUUGGAUGGACAAGGACUUCACAAGUUUGAAUUGUCCAUGUAUUUUGCAAUACCCAAAAAUCUGUUGAAAACAUCAUCAGACUCACCAUAGAUUAAGAAAUGAGCCAAUUGUCUCAUUAAAUCAAAGGAGCUCUGUCUGUCUUUGGGUCGGCUUCCUUUCUGAUUUGUGCAAUGUUAAGCAAUAUUUUUUUUUAAUGGUCAAAACUCUAAGUUUGCAAAUCAAGAUAGAGGGACUAUGCCAUUUACAACUUAGCUCACUUUUAAUGUGUAAGCCAUAUUCAAUAUGCAUAUUUAGUAUGCAUAAUUUAAUGUAUGAAAUAUAUUUGCCUAAGAAGUGUACAAAGUGCAUUUCCAUGUCUUGUGAAUGAGGCUAUUAGUUUUUGUUUAGCCUAAGCCUCUGACACAGCACUGCUGAAUAAGAAAUUGUACCAUAGGUGUUAUAAUGCACUUGAUAUUUUUAUUUUAAGAAUAAAGAUUGAUCUAUACUGAUAGGGUCAAAGAGAACAAUUCCAUAUGUAUAUCAUGGCCACUUUGCAUCAGCAAAAAAAAAAAAAAUCCAAGUUUUUAUUUAUUAUUUUUGUUUCUAUUUUUCUUUUUCUUUCCCUCUUUUAUUCUUUUCCAUUUUCCUAUAUAGGAAGAAAAAUAUUAUGACUGUUUAUUGGUAUUAUUUUUAAGCUAUUUACCAGGCAGAAAGAGACUAUGUCGAUACUAAACUCAUUUAAAACAACAUUUUACUAUUUGUAAAGCCUAAUUUUUAAGCCUAAAGUGUUCUAAGUGGCCUUUUAAUUAAGCUUUAAAGUCUCUCUAAAUAAGAAGUGAAAACACUGAGUCUGAAAUAUUAUAGGGAGUCUGACCACUCUGUUUCUCUAUGAAGAAUUUAAGCACUACUGGCUCUUAUUACCAAAACAAAACAAAAAUAAAUACAUGUGUACAGAAUUCAUCAAUUCCUCUGUCUUACCUUUAAACAAAAUUGUUUAAUAAUGUUACCUUUCUAAGAGGCAGUGUUGCAUAGUGGAUAGAGAGUUAAUCUCUAAACUGGAGAGAUUUGUGUUUAAGACCUAUCUCUGGCUGUGUGACUCUGGGUACGUAACCUCUCUAGGCAAUUCUGUAAGGCUAUUAGUGGAAGAAAAAGUGCCAACCUUCAUUAAUAGGAGGAGUUUCCUUACCCAAGAAUUCUCUACAUGAAUAAAAUUCAGAAAAUAAUAUUUAAAUAUUACUUUGAUAUUCACAAAUAAAAUAAAAUUCAAAAAAUAAAAAUAAAAUAAAAUUAGAAAAAUAAAAAAAAAUAGUCCCUGCUUCGAUGUUACCUUUCUAGGCACUGUUAAAAAUUGUCCUGAAGUAGUAUCCCAUAGAAGAGUGAUUAUUCUUUUCUCACCUGUCAUCUCUUUUGGACCCCUUGACGUCCGUUUAAAAAAAAAAUUCUUUUUCUAUUGCUGCUUGAGACAAUUUAAGAGAUCCAUUCAACACAGACUCUCCCAGGAGUGAAGGACAAGAAUACAAUCAAAUAUAGCAUGAAAGCAAAACUACCUAUUCCCUGUGUUCUCUCUAUUAUUCAUACAGAUAUGUAGUCCCAUUUCCAUCCUCCCUUAAAAUAUUGAAGGAGAUAUAAUUCAGGCUGCACCAUGCUGUUGUAUCUUGGUCUCAAAUGUUUCAGUUUAACAGAACUCUUCUGUAAAAAUAGUAUGCUUUGGGAUCUAGCUAAUAAUACUUUAACUUAAUUUUAUCAUGACAACCUACAAUUGUGAUUUUACUAUCUGUACUCGUCUGUAUUUCCUAUUAUAGUAUUGCUAAAUAAAUCAUAUUUGAGGAGAAA